UUCACGGUAGCAAUGGUCGACGCACCGAAUUGUUGGAGGUUAGGUUAGGAUUGUCAUUUAAAAAAGUGUGCAAGAGAACGUGAAACGAUUUAACAAUUUUUACAGCAAAUAUCAAAAUGAGGGGGAUUUUAAUUUUUGAUCAUCUGAACGAUGUGAUUUUUACUAAAUGCGACAGAGCUUUUGCUUGCCAUGUCCAAAAACUUGCUACUGCCCAAGGGUUACUUUCCGAAAUUAGAGGCGACGACGAUAGUUGCCCGAUACCUAGUGCAAAUGUUAUUAUGCAAUUAUUCUCGCCAAUUAUAACAUCAGAACAUGUAAUGACCUCGCAAUUUGGGAAUUCGUAUACGUCGAUGAAGUGCCAUAAUGGCACGAAUUUGGUGUUCGAUGAAUUCAUGAGCUAUACAUUUUUAUAUAUUUCAACCGACGGGGUGGAGAUAAUGAGAAGGAAAUUGGGAAUUUGUGUAUUUGUUGUUAAGCAUUUAUGUGGACCAAAUAUAGAUAGGUUAAAAUCGAACCGUAGGCUGACGUCUUUGGUAUCGUUAUUAUUAGACGCGUGGACACAUUUGUAUGGUUGCGAACAAACGGUGCUAUUAGAGGCUGUCGAACAGUUAUCCAUUAAUUCAGAUUUAUCGACUGCAACUUUGAAAGUAUUACACGAAGCUUCUGACAAAUUAAAGGCACAGCCGGAACUUGCUAAUCAUCAUGUUUUAGUGCUAGUAGAGCAUAAGUUUCUCUCGUUGUAUUCAAGCAAAAAUGCUCAAGAUUUAAGUGCCUCGGAUAUUUUGUUGAUGGUAUUAUUAUGCUGGGUGGCAAAUGGGAAGGGAAAAGACGGCACUACUGAAUUUCAGGAGAAAGAUGAAGAUGAGGAUUUGUUGAUAGAAAGUAGUAUGUUCAACAAAGAAGACCAUAUGCCAUCGCAUAGACACGUAGACAGUUUAUCCAAUCCUAUGUCAGUGGAUAUCGCUGACUUAUUCGAGGGAUCCAGGGAUUCGUCGAUGUACGAUUUAAAGUCAUUGGCUGAAGACAGUCUCUGCAAACAUCUAGUUUUGUUGGAGUCAACAAACGGUUUUUCCGCUAAUGCCGUUUACAUAUAUCGAUUAGCCGAAGGCAUAAAUUUAUUAACAAUUGUGGAAGUUACCAAUUUGGGAACAUCGUCGGGGCUGUAUGACAGUUUUUACUAUUUAAAUGUGAUAAAUGGAUUGCAACUGCAAAAAGAUAUAGACGACAUAAGACCAGCUUUCGAUAAUCUGGAUAUGGCGAUAAAGAAGGCCCUUGAGAGUAUUAGAAAGAAUAAAUUGGGUGUCAAUAACGACGUCGACAUGUGCCACAAAAGGCUACAAGUUAAAUGGGACUUUGUGAGAAAGAAGUACACCGAACUUAUUAAAACCCGAGACCCACAAUCCAUACUUCAGAUUGAGUCAAAUACUUCAGGUUUUACUGAAACCAUGAAAGAAUUAUUUCGUUUGACUUGUUUCAACGAUAAUUUUUUGAAACUUGGAACCGAUGUCGUGCUUACCGUCAGCCGACUCGUUAGACAAAAAUUACUUGACUUCUCGGACUUCUUCAGAGUCAAAGCAUUGAAGAACUUCACCUUGGGAUCGAAAACUUCCCUAACGAUUAACAAAUAUCUUGAGGAGUUUCCUGGUCUAGUGCACUUUAUGUACAUCGAUAGGACGAUGCAUCGAUUAACAACACCGACGUUAGAUUUUAGUAGUCCAGAAACUCUUGCUCUUACGACAAGGAAGAUUUGGGCGAUGGUAGAUCAGAGUAGAACUCAUUUACAAGAAGGUAUUUUAUCGGUUAUGUGGAAAGAUACAACAUUCAACUAUGCAUAUUUCUUGUGGUUCGAGGACAGUUCGGGCUCGCCUUUGAAAUGCAAAACAUACAUGAAUCACCUUAUAAAAAAUUUUCCAGUUCCUGGAAUACUAUGUGGAGAUUAUUACCGGAAACUUGCGGAGACUUGCUUCCCAAAGAUCUCUAUAAACAAGAUUCGAAUCUAUGAACUCUAUUGCGUUCAUUUAGGACUGGCAACGCCUUCUUGUGUUUUGGAGCAUUCCAGGAGACUUGCAGCUACUAUUUGUGAAGUAACUGGAUUCUCUAAUAAUCCAGCAGACAUUUUAUAGUAUUAGUAUUUAUUACUAACUUAAGAAGCUAAACUUUAAGAACAAAAGGGCAUGGACAAUGGUCCAAUCGCUUCACGGUUCUGGUAUUACCACACUACGUGGAUAAGUAUUAAACUAGUAAUAUACUUAACAAUGUGCAAUACUAGGUAGCUAAUUUUUAAAUGUUGUCUACUUGCGAUCGGUGGUAAAUGUUUUUGUCGUCGCAUUUAUCUUAGCCAGGGGUGAGCGAAAUUGGGACGUGAUGUUCUAUUAGGGGAAGCGAUCAUUUUAUUUAUUGCAACAAUUUGAUAUCGUCCCAGGGCGUCGUAUAAAAUCCUGCCAGAUCUAAUAGAAAAUAAGUAGGGUCGUAUGUGUUCCGUUAAACAAUCGAGUAGCAUUUGCGAUUUGGAUAAUCUAAUCGCAGAAUAGAUAAUAUUACGGGCCCGUAAUACAACGUGACUACGAAAACGUAAUAAAUUCCAUAUUUGCAUUCCGGAGAAUCGUUUGAUUUCGUUAACGUCAUUGCCGUUUGUCUCUAUCGCGAUCGAUCGGGUAUAAUAUCUAUACCGAAAGACCGAAAGUCGACUCACUUCCAACGAGCUUUUCGGGCCGGACAAGUGGCAGCUACAGGGCAAUUUGCAGGGAAGGAAAUUCGUUUAACAGUUCGCAGUUUGUCCCUUGAGGAGAGUUAGAGGGCCCUCCAUCGAUUGGCCGCGUUUUACGUUAAAGGCGGCCGAGAGACUCGAGGACGUCUGUCAUUAACGGGAGGAAGGGGGGAAAAAACGACAAAGUGGAGGCGUCCAUUUCCCUUUAAAGUUAUUAAGGGGGAUUCAGAAAGCGAACAAUAAAUAUGUUUAAUUUUAA